UUCCUGGACGAUGUGAUGAUGGAUGCCUGUAACAGGUUCAGUUCUCUGUCCUACGCUGUGAGCCCCACCCUCUUCCUGGAGUUCCACGGCUCGGAGCGAAGCCUGGAGGAACAGGUGCUCACCGCCGAGGACAUCACUCAGAGUAACGGUGGAUCAGAUUUCCAGUGGGCUCGAGAUGCAGGAUCACGGGAGCGGCUGUGGAAGGCUCGCCAUGACGCCUGGUACGCUGCUCUGGCCCUGAGGCCCGGCUGCAAGGCUUACGCUACAGAUGUGUGUGUCCCUCUGUCUCGCCUGCCUCAGAUCAUCGUGGAGACGAAGCAGGACCUGAUGGAGAACAGACUGACAGGUGAGCUGCAGGAACACAAAUACCUGUGUCUACAUCAAGUACACUUAGUGUAUAUGUCAACAAUGGUUCAUAUCAUUGUUAACCUCUGAAAGUAUUGUAAUUAU